UCGAGUUAGGAAGUUGUUUCCACUGGCGACUUGUAGGAAAUGUAGCAGUACUCGGCGUAGGAAUUAUUUGUUUAUCUUAUACUGCAGCUGAAGCUUUCAUUUCUGUAUAUUACUCGAUCGUCACGUGCAAAUUGGGCUGGCGCAAACUUUGGCUAUGAUUCUGAAUAUUUUCAUUCUCGUUUUUGCGAAUUUCGUUAUAAGUUCCACAACAGGUGGCAUUGUACUUGCAUCAUAUCCUCUAGAAACUGUGAGACUACUUAGAAGAAGUGUAAGAAGCAGUGAAACGAGCGAUAACUUCGUUGAAAACCCAAAUCAAUGCUUCUGCAUUCAUUCUAAAUGUAAAUGCUGCUUUUACCAGAAAUAAGAUUGAAAAGUUCAGGAUGUAUUGAAGUUGGGUAUCUCCCUAAAGAUAUAGGCCUUACCAUUUCCUUUACUUUUGAUGGCAAAACUCUUCUAAAUAAAACAGUUUCAGUAAAAAAUCCUCCUCCUCUGUGCAUCAUGAUUCCCUUCCUGAAAAAGUAUGGUCACAUAUGUUUGGAGUUUUACAAUGUUGACUUUUCCAGCACGCAUUAUGCAGCCUGCGCGAAAAUCGAUGUAGCAAUCUGGCCUUUCUGUGCGCUUCCUUUCGAAUUGGGCUGUUUUCACAUAAAUGGGCGCAAUAUGAAUGCACAGGAAAAAUUCACAAGGAUGAAGAACACAACUUAUGUCUUGGAGGAUUCAAAUAAUGAUAUUUUGUGGAGGAAAGGUGGAUAUCCUUGGAAGUAUGCUGUUUGUUCGUCUAACUCAAAUUAUGUAUCCAGUUACUACCAAGUGGCAAUAAUGAAUGCUGUUCUUUUCGCUUUUGUGUUUUCCAUAUGGAAAUUAUAUGUGUAAAUUACAAAUGCCUUGCAUGCAGUUUUUGCUCAUUCCAUCUUUCGGAUGAAUGAA